AUGGACAAGUGGGACAUACCACCGUUCAAAUUCAAGGCCCUGCCGUGGAAUGAGGUCCGGUCCGAGUGGAUCAAAUACAAACGCCACUUCAUGUAUGUAGUUUCUGCUACGGGGGAGAGAGACAGAACGCGGAUCAAGAACAUCUUCCUGGCAAAAGCCGGGCCCGACUUACAAGAGGUCUUCAGCACGAUCCCGGGAGCAGAUGUCGAGGGUUCAAGGACGGUCGACCCGUUCGAGGUUGCAAUUGAGAAACUGGACAACUACUUCGCACCAAAACAGCAUGAAACAUUCGAGAGGAACGUUUUCUGGACGUUACGAACAUCCGUGGGCGAGUCGCUCGAAAAAUUCAUGAUACGAUGCACAGACCAAGCCAGCAAAUGCAAUUUCGGAAGCACGGUGGAGGAAAGUCGCGCCAUCAGUGUCAUAGACAAAGUGAUACUGUUUGCCCCCAGCGACCUCAAGGAGAAACUCCUCCAGGUGAAAGAUCUGAACAUUGAUGAAGCAGCCAAGAUCAUCAGCUCUCACGAAUCCAUCAAACAACAAGCGCUUGCAAUAGGCCAGGGCCUAUCGGACGAUUCAGACGCGACGUCGAACGUCAACAAGAUCCAGAAUCGGCCGCAAAGACGGCCGCAACCGAAUUGCACCCGCUGUGGCUACUCGGGUCACACAAGCUUGGAUGAGAACUGUCCGGCUCGGGACAGGCAGUGUGCGAAGUGCAAACGGCAAGGGCACUUUGCUGUAAUGUGUCUCACCGCUCCAAAGCGAAAGUUCAAGAUUGAGGCCGGCCCGAGCAAGCGUUGGAAACCAGAACGAAUCCGGGAAGUCAGGGAAAACGACGACAAACCUCCAGAGAACUUCAUCUUCAACAUCGGAGAUCAAGAUGAGUUGAUCUGGCUGAGAGUGGGUGGAGUACUGCUCCACGUGUUGGUGGACUCGGGAUGCAAAAAGAACAUCGUCGACGAGAGAUCUUGGAAGUACUUAAAGGAGAACGGUGUCCGCGCCUCGAACCAGCAGACGAACUGCGAGGAAAUUUUCCUGCCAUACGGCUCUCAAGCCAAGCCGCUAACUACUGUGGGCAAAUUUGAUGCGACCGUUACGAUUGAUGACGAAGGUGACACAAUCGAAGAACCCGCGACGUUCUACGUCAUCAAAGAAGGUCAACAGUGCCUACUUGGUCGCACCACUGCCACGAGGUUGGGAGUACUACGCAUAGGCCUGCCGAGCACGCAUGGAAUAAAUGCAGUUGGACCGAAAGAGAAGCACCCAUUUCCGAAAAUCAGCGGGGUGCAGGUCCAAAUUCCGAUUGACGAAUCCGUAACACCCAUCUGCCAGCACCCGCGUCGGCCGCCCAUUGCGUUGCAAUCUCGGAUUGAAGACAAGAUCAAGGCACUCCUGGCAGGUGACAUCAUCGAACCAGUUGAAGGGGGGUGUCAGUGGGUCUCGCCACUAGUAACUGUCCUCAAGGACAAUGGAGAUCUCCGGUUGUGCGUCGACAUGCGCAGGGCGAACACGGCAAUCCUUCGGGAACGACACAUCAUGCCGACUAUUGAAGAUUUCCUCCCAAGAUUUACGACUGCGAAGUAUUUCAGCCGUCUCGACAUUAAGGAAGCGUUCCACCAGGUGGAGCUUAAAGAGGAGAGCAGAUACAUAACCACGUUCAUCACCCACGUGGGUCUUUUCCGGUACAAGCGCCUCAUGUACGGAAUCGUGAUCGCUUCUGAGGUCUUCCAGCGCAUCAUGGAGCAAAUCCUGAGCCCCUACAGCAAAAACGUAGUGAAUUAUAUCGACGACAUCCUCAUCUUUGGUGCGACGGAAAAGGAACACGACGACGUCCUGCGGGCGGUGCUGAACACGCUGCACGAUCGAGGAAUUCUACUCAACCAAGGCAAAUGUUUGUUCAAAACUUCCAAGCUUCAAUUUCUGGGUCACACGAUCUCUUCGGAAGGCAUUGAACCGUGCGGAAGCAAAGUGGAAGCCCUGCAGAAUUUCCGGGCCCCGUCGACGCCGGAAGAACGAAAGUUCAAGAUUGAGGCCGGCCCGAGCAAGCGUUGGAAACCAGAACGAAUCCGGGAAGUCAGGGAAAACGACGACAAACCUCCAGAGAACUUCAUCUUCAACAUCGGAGAUCAAGAUGAGUUGAUCUGGCUGAGAGUGGGUGGAGUACUGCUCCACGUGUUGGUGGACUCGGGAUGCAAAAAGAACAUCGUCGACGAGAGAUCUUGGAAGUACUUAAAGGAGAACGGUGUCCGCGCCUCGAACCAGCAGACGAACUGCGAGGAAAUUUUCCUGCCAUACGGCUCUCAAGCCAAGCCGCUAACUACUGUGGGCAAAUUUGAUGCGACCGUUACGAUUGAUGACGAAGGUGACACAAUCGAAGAACCCGCGACGUUCUACGUCAUCAAAGAAGGUCAACAGUGCCUACUUGGUCGCACCACUGCCACGAGACCAUGUGCCAGAAUCGAGCGCUGGCUGCUUCGACUCCAAUCUUUCCGGUUCCACGUCAAGUAUCGGAAGGGAGCGGGAAAUAUUGCCGAUCCGCUGUCGCGUCUAGUUCAGCACUCGUCAUCUGAGGAUUUUGACACGGUCAACCAGUUCAUGAUACUUGCAGUAUGCCAGUCAGUCGCAAUUGACAUCCAUGAACUCGAUCAGGCUACCAAGUCGGACUCGAUACUAGAGGCAGUCAAACAGUGUAUUCGCACCGGAAACUGGUCGUCAUCGACUAUUACAGUCGAUACAAGGAAGUAG